GUUAAAAAAACAUGAGAAAGUAUGUAUGUACAAGAAACUAAUACUUGCUAGGUAACAUACAUGCAUACAUGUGUACAAUCGAAAAUGUCAUAAGAAACCGCAUUAUGCCAUUCUCAUGUAAACAGUGUUAACAAUUAGCAUAAAUAAUUUGGCAAUAUAAACUAUUCCUUUGUAUAUUACCCAUGAACAUGUAUAUGUGAACGAGAUGUAUAAUAAAAGAAUGAAAAAAAAAAUCAAAAUCCAUAUUAUGUUUACGAAGGAUGGUUAUAGGUGAGUUUACAUAUAACAGUGGCAAAGUGAUUUUUGUUUGAAUAUGAUAGACAUUAACAUUUAGUAUAUCAAAGUAUAUGGUCUAUUUCACGGUAUAAAUAUUUUCUUCUUUUAUAAUUACUAGUUAGGUGCCCAUGCGUUGCAAUGGGAAAUAUUUAUAUAAAUUCAUAUAUACUCUAUCACUUGUCUCUCUCUCUCUCUCCCCCUCUCUCUCGGGCCAUCAACGCAGGUCGAGCGGUGGCGGCGGCGGGUGGUCGACGUCCGACGUCCGUGGCCAGACAGCGUGGGUCGGCUCCGGCACAAUGCUCGGCGAGGUGUACUACGCCAUCGCCAACAAGACCUCCCGCCUUGGGUUCCCCGGAAGCGUUGGCCCGACGGUCGGCAUCGGUGGGUACCUCAGCGGCGGCGGCUUCGACCUGAUGCUGCGGAAGCACGGCCUCGCCUCCGACCACGUCCUCGACGCCACCAUGGUGGACGCCAAGGGGAGGCUCCUCGACAGGGCCGCCAUGAAGGCGGACCUCUUCUGGGCCAUCCGAGGCGGAGGCAGCGGAAACUUUGGGAUCGUCUUGUCCUGUAAGCUCCGGCUUGUCCCUAUUCCAGCCACCGUCACGGUGUUCACCGUCCACCGCUCAAGAAACCAGUCCACCACCAACCUCCUCAUCAAGUGGCAACGCGUGGCGCCGUCCCUUCCCAGUGACGCCUUCCUCCACGUCGUCGUGCCCCUGUACCUCGACACACGCGCCGGCCUCAUCGCCAUCAUGGCCGACACCUUCCCGGAGCUCAACGUGACGGCGAGCGACUGCACCGAGAUGAUGUGGAUCCAGUCCGUGCUCGACUUCGCGUUCUACAGCACGGGGAAGCCAUCGGAGAUGCUCCUGGACAGGGGCAACGGCAUCGGAGAUCCAUCGGGGUCAUGGAUGCGAUUGGCGAGGUCGUCGUAGUGGUCGACCGGGCCGUUGUCGAUGAAGAAGUCGACGCCGUCGCUGCCGCCGCCUCGCCUCACUUCCUCCGUAGCCGCGCUCUUCCGCCGUCGCCUCGCCUCCUCUGCCGUGCUUGCGGAGCCGACCACACCGCCGUAGCCUCACCUCAUCCCGAGCUCCGCCUCCAGCCUCCUCCUCCAUCAGCCACCACCCUCAUCCCGAGCGCCAUCCCGACCGGUGGCGAAGGCGGCGGCUGGAGGCGGAGUUCGCCGCCGCCGCCUCUGCGUCCCGUGCAAUCGUUGCCUCCGUGUCCCUCGCAGCCGCUGUUCCCUCCCGGACCGUGGCGCCGAACGCCUUCCUGCCGCCGCGCUGUGCAUGCCGCUUUGAGCGUCGACAACCGCACCGCCGUCCUCGCCGACCGCCCACGCCCACCGCCCGUCCUUGCCGUGCGCGCUGCAAGAGAUAGAGAGGAAGAGCGAGAGAGAGAAGAGAGAGAGAGAAAGAGGGGAAGAAG